UUCCCAACAAGGCUACGCAGAGGAUCCCCUGGACUGAGGCAAUGGAGGGUGGCCCAGCCGUCUGUUGCCAGGACCCACGAGCAGAGCUGGUAGAACGAGUAGCAGCCAUUGACGUGGCCCACUUGGAAGAGACAGAUGGAGGCCCAGAGCCUGCCAGGAAUGGUGUGGACCCUCCACUACGGGCCAGAGCUGCCUCUGUGAUCCCUGGCAGUGUUUCAAGACCCCCUCAAGUGCGGCCCAGCCUCUCAGCUAGGAAGUUCUCCCUGCAGGAGCGGCCAGCAGGAAGCAGCCUGGAGGCCCAGGCUGGGCCUUAUGCCACAGGGCCUGCCAGCCACAUCUCUCCUCGAGCCUGGCGGAGGCCCACCAUUGAGUCCCACCAUGUGGCCAUCUCAGACUCAGAGGACUGUGUGCAGCUGAACCAGUACAAGCUGCAGAGUGAGAUUGGCAAGGGUGCCUAUGGCGUGGUGAGGCUGGCCUACAACGAAAGCGAAGACAGACACUAUGCAAUGAAAGUUCUUUCUAAAAAGAAGUUACUGAAACAAUAUGGCUUUCCACGUCGCCCUCCUCCAAGAGGGUCCCAGGCUGCCCAGGGAGGGCCGGCCAAGCAGCUGCUGCCUCUGGAGCGAGUGUACCAGGAGAUUGCCAUCCUGAAGAAGCUGGACCAUGUGAAUGUGGUCAAACUGAUUGAGGUCCUGGAUGACCCAGCUGAGGACAAUCUCUACUUGGUGUUUGACCUCCUGAGAAAGGGGCCGGUCAUGGAAGUGCCAUGCGACAAACCCUUUCCCGAGGAGCAAGCUCGCCUCUACCUUCGGGACAUCAUCCUGGGCCUCGAGUAUUUGCACUACCAGAAGAUCGUCCACAGGGAUAUCAAGCCAUCCAACCUGCUCCUGGGAGAUGACGGGCAUGUCAAGAUUGCCGACUUUGGCGUCAGCAACCAAUUUGAGGGGAAUGACGCUCAGCUGUCCAGCACGGCGGGGACCCCAGCAUUCAUGGCCCCUGAGGCCAUUUCUGAUUCUGGCCAGAGUUUCAGUGGGAAGGCCUUGGACGUGUGGGCCACUGGGGUCACGCUGUACUGCUUUGUGUAUGGGAAGUGCCCGUUCAUCGACGAUUACAUCCUGGCCCUGCACAGGAAGAUCAAGAAUGAGGCCGUGGUGUUUCCCGAGGAGCCAGAGAUCAGCGAGGAGCUCAAGGACCUAAUUCUAAAGAUGCUAGAUAAGAAUCCCGAGACAAGAAUUGGGGUGCCAGACAUCAAGUUGCACCCCUGGGUGACCAAGAAUGGGGAGGAACCCCUUCCCCCAGAGGAGGAGCACUGCAGUGUGGUGGAGGUGACCGAGGAGGAGGUGAAGAACUCAGUGAAGCUCAUUCCCAGCUGGACCACAGUGAUUCUGGUUAAGUCUAUGCUGAGGAAACGUUCCUUUGGGAACCCCUUUGAGCCCCAAGCACGCAGGGAAGAGCGCUCCAUGUCUGCUCCAGGAAACUUACUGACGAAAGAAGGGUAUGGUGAAGGGGGCAAAAGCCCAGAGCUCCCUGGUGUUCAAGAAGAUGAAGCUGCAUCCUGAGUUCCUGCAUGCGCCCAGGGCCACCAGGCACGCUCAUCCCGCGCCUCCAGAGGCCCACCGCCCUUAUGCGACAGCCGCCCCUGCAGGCAGGGGGCUGGGGACUGUGGCCCCUCUCCCGGUCCCCCUCCUCCAUCGUGCUGCAUGACCUCCACACGUGCACCUCCAGGGACAGGAUUGGAAUGUGUGUCAUCUGGGGUUUGGGGGAGUAGGACUCCCAAGGCACCUUGCUUCUGGUCCUGGCUCUUCCUGGCCUAACCCAUCUGUGAGGAAGCCAGGGGCCAGUAGAACCUCAGAAACCCUACCUGGCUGGUUGGCAAGGCCCAGGGCAUGGGGCAGGAGACCAAGAUGGCAGGCAGAGGCCUGGCUUACUGUAACUCAGAGACCUCCCACUGGGGGCUUUGCAGGCCUGACUCAGCUGCCACAUCACGUGGAGUGGUGCACCCAACCCACCUGUAUAGUGGUGCCAGAGCUUCUGUCUACUCUGAAUGCUGGUAUGGAGGCUCUGACAUCUUCAUUUAUGCCUGGACCCCCAUGGGGAGAGGCAAAUAUUGGAGAAUUCAAGAUUCCUUUUUUGUUUUCUUUUAUUUUGUUUUUAACCUGGGGGCCAGGGGAGUGAAGAAGUCACUCGGAACAUCUAAUGAACUUUCCCACACCUAUGGGUACCUCCCAGCAUACCCACCAUUAUUUAGCAGCCAGGCAGCCUGGACUGACCUUCCUGGAUUGUUUUGUACUUGGCACAUCUGGAAAAUGGACUGAAUUGAGUCAAGCUCAGAGCAAAGGCCUGAACCAGGAGCAGCAUAGCUUGUCUGCCCACCUUGCCUCCUCCCUUUAUGGCUUCCCAGAGCCAAGGCUGCAGAAGAGACACCAGAGGUGUCACUGGCCAAGGGCCAUGGACUUGCACAUGCAGAAAUAACUGGAAUUCAAUCUGAUCCUACACUGGCUCACCUGGAACAUUCCUACCAUGAAGAAUAAAUGGUCCAAAUUGGAGGCCUUGCUAGGUAAGGGAUCCUAUAGGGGUGUGCAUCCUGGCAGGCAGCCCCUGUGCCAACUGCCUCAUUCCCAGGACAGUUGUUGGGGCAUGCUGUGGAUAUGCUCUGCUGGAAUAGGCUUCAUCUUCUCUCUGGGAUCUGUGAUUGGCUGGCCAGCUUGAUGUUUACUGACCAAAUGCUCAGAGAGAUGGGUUCCUGAAGGGAAAUAAUGUAGGACUCAGAUUCUACCCCUGAAAACAUGGUCCACGUAAGGGGUUUCAGCCACUUGCAAGAGGGCUCAUUUGGAGAAGGAGAGGGAGGCUGGGCAGGAGGAGGGCCUGCAUCCUGCUGCAUCUCUGUGCCUGUGGUAUAUGUCGCGUCUCCACGCACACAUGCAUGUGCGUGCCCAUCUGCUGCACACAGCACACACAAUGUCUUGCACCAAUACAUGCAUCUGUAAUAUAGUUUCUAUGUCUAUUUAAGGCAAGAAGCAGAAUGCAGCCUGUUGCAAAUGGGCCCACAUUUCUCCCCAGCUCCUCUGCAGUAAGGCAGUCUAUGACCCAGGGCUUAAAGAAUAAUCCAGUACUACCUUUAAGAACACUUUCAUAGAGUUAAUGGGAGGUGAGUUGAAAGUCAAUCACUGAUCAACAGAUUUUUUAAAGUUUUUAUGUUUCUUCACUGGCACCUGGAGGGCCAGGGCUUCAGGAAGCUUCAUCUGUUGGACCCACCCUGGGAAAAAGCUCAGAGGGGGCCCUUCAUUGCCCCAGCAGAACCUGGAGGGAGUACUCACCUGUUGCUGAGGGUUCGGUUGACAUCAUUGUUUUUGAAUGUAGCACAAGUGAUGAAUAAACUCCGUAAGAGUAUUUUAAAAAGUAACUUCCCAGGAAGUAAGUUAAAAAAUAAUAAAAGCCCUCUCUUGAGUUAAAAAAAAAAAAAAGAGACUGCAUUUUCUGUACCUGGAUGUGUUCUUUCUCACCAGCUGGACCAGCAGGCUUGGCUUGCUUUUCUAGAAGGGUCUGAGGCAUCCUAAAUCCCUGAAACAGAAGAGUUGCGGGAAGUGAGAGGGAGGAAGAGCUGUGAGGAAGGCUGAGGGGUAACCAUCUAGGAUGCGAUUCAGGACCUGGGGUAGAUGCUGUGGCCUCCCCUUGCAAAGAAUUAGGUGUUCGGGAGCUGGUGAGUUCCUCAUGGUGUUUCCUGCCUGUUUCACAGGGAUGGAGAAGACCAAGGUCUCAUCCAGGUGGGAGCUGCCAUAAUUUCUCAUGGGGCACAGAUCCAGCAUCCUCCCUGUACCUCCCUAGUUGCUCCUUAGCCUUGGGUACCAGUGCCCUGUCCAUAGGAAGGUCCUACCGGCAAUGAUGAUGAGUCACUGCUAAGGUCAGAUGGCCUUGAGCCUGAACCCACACUUUACUAUUUAAUUACUGUGUCACCUUUGACAAGUCAUGGAAGGAGCCUCAGUUUCUGUUAAAAUGGGUUCUUGUGACAAUAAAUGAAGUUCUUGCGUUAAACACCUGGCACAGCACUUAACACAAAGUAAGUUCUCAGCAAAUGAGACCCUUAAAAGGAAAAUGUGGAGGCCAUGGGCUCAGCGUGCUGUGCAGGACUGGUGUUUGCACAGCUGUGGGGUUCCAGCUGGGUGAUGCUAGAGACAGACCACAGGGCCUGGCACUGAAUGCCAGGAAGGAGAAUGAGCCAGAGGCUGCCCAGCGUGGCCCUCAGUUUUUCCAUCUGAAAAACAAAGACAAGCUGCUCCUGUCUGCUUCCUGGUCAUCCUGUGAGGGACUGCACUGAUUCCCCUGAAGGGGUGUUGACCACCAGACAAAUUCCUCAAACACCAGACCAAUAUGUGGGUCUCAUUCCCACUUAUCCCCAUCCCUGCUGCCUCUCCAUUUUAGCCCCCACAUGUCUCACCUCCUCAUUGGUCUCCUGAUUGGGGCUAUCAGCCUUCCAAUCCUGGCCCUCACAGUCUGCUGAGCACCUAUCUGGCCAGGCCCCAGCCCCUCUCAGGGAUUUUUCAGGCUGAUUGGUCAGACUUCUGCUGGGUCUGCUCUUCUGACUCAGGCUCCAUCCAGAGCAAUUGCCCUACCCACGGCUUUUCAGGCCCACCCCUUCCUCGGGGCACUGCCCUUCCCCAAUCCCUACCUUUGUCAAAGGUGACCCCACCCUCUAAGGCCUAUUUGGCAGUGGGAACUUUAAAUUGCUUUUAACAAUUGCGGCACUUAACCCCAGCCUGUUUUAUUUUUAAUUUUGAGACAAGAUCUUGCUAAGUUGCUUAGGGCCUUGUUAAGUUGCUGAGGCUGUCCUCAAACUUGCAAUCCUCCUGCCUCAGCCUCCCUAGUUGCUCGAAUUACAGGUGUACGCCACCAUGCCCAGUAAUAGUAGGAGCUUUAAAAAGGACCACGGUGCUUAAUGUUAUUUCCCCUGAGUACAACCGUUCUAAGAGGCACCUUGUAGGGAAACAAGCCCAGAGAGCAGUAACUAGCCCAGUUAUUGCCGAAAGUUCAGUCCUUGUCCCUGAUGCCAAUCCCAUAACAAGGACAUCGUUUUGAGAAGAGGGAAAAGGUUUAUUGCUUUGCUAGCAAAGGAGAAACACAGGGGAUUCCUAUCCCAAAGACUGUGAUUCUGCCCAUCAGCAAUAGGGGCUUUUAAAG